AAUAAACAACACGUACACCGCAUAGGGAAAUUGCCUGCAUCAUCAUCGAUCAAAGAUCUUCAUGGAUGUGAUCCAGGACUGCUCCCCAUCAUGUUGAAGUUCAUCCUGAUCAUCUCCAAGCAGGGCCAGACUCGCCUGGCCCAGUAUUACGAUGAGAGGAGAGAGCCAGUGGAAAGGUCAUCGCUGGAGGCUGAUCUGAUCAGAAAGGUUCUCCUUAGAGGAACCAAAGGGUGCUCCUUUGUGGAUUAUCAAGACUUCAAAGUUGUGUACCGGCGAUACUUGUCUCUUUAUUUCCUCAUCGGAAUUGACAAAGAAGAGAAUGAAGUGGCAAUAUUGGAGUUUAUCCACCUAAUUGUGGAAACAUUGGACAAGUACUUCCCGAAAGUGACCGACUUGGAUAUCAUGUUCAAUCUGGACAAGGUGUACAUGAUCCUGGAUGAGAUGGUCAUGAACGGCUGCAUUGUGGAGACUAGCAAGGCCAAAAUCCUGGAGCCAGUCCGGCUGAUAGAACAGCAUCGAUGAAGCAAGCUAGCCACGCCAUCAAGUGUGUGAUACACAUGGACAUCAGUACUUGUUCCGUAGUUGUGGGGACAUGCACUCGUCUGUGCGAGGUAUUUGUGGCAACUGAAAACGCUGUGGGGACAGCAGAAAGUCCCCAUAACUCGGUCCUAAUUUGCCUAACAAUAAAAACGUCCCGAUAACGCGGUGUAGGCCUGCACACUGAGUCCUGCUGAUUGUGUGCGGCUCUCAGCACACCUUUGCCCGCUAAGUGCUGAAAGUACACAAGUUUCUUGUGAGGGAGGGCGAUUCAGUACCAUUUAAAGUUGUGCACUCGUGCUCCUCGGAAAAGUUUGAUUUUGAACUUUUACGGCUAACCAUAGUUUCAAUGGCCUUCAUCAAACAAAUGCUCGUCAACAUUAACAACAGCAAGUCGUAAAAAUAUUCAUUAUAGGCCUGCUGAGGUUGCGAUUGGUCAUACCAAAGAUAGUAUUUACCAGCGUACUGCCAAGAGCCAAGCAUUUGGAAAUGUACAUGUGUAUGUAUAACACAGAGCAUGGACUGUUUUGUGAUGACAUUUUACUGUGGUACAACUGGAAAUGUAUUGCACUUCCCUAUGUGACCUGUCAUCACAAAAUGAGCUGAAUUUUUUUUUUUCUUCAGAAUUUGAUAUUUAUAUAUAUGUAUAAAUACAUACUCAGGAUUCUGCCAAACAAGAGCUUUCCAAUGGUCUACAACAUUAAAGAGGUAUUGAGUUCAGUAACGGAAAUGUAGACCACCAACUUACUUGAAGUUGUAAAACUGAUUCUUGAGAAAAUGGCAUUUAAAACUCCCACAGUUGCAUUACAGUGAAUAUAAUGAACAGUCAACCAAUACAUGAAAGAUGUUUGACAGAACAAACAAAAAUUGGAGAAAGGUAAACAGCACUUAGAGAUUAAGAUUUACCUCAAAACAAAAAAUUGGACAACCCUUCAAACUUUGCCCCACUCUAAUACAAACAUUUUAUGGCAAUUCCCAACUUUAAAGGGACACUGCAUCCUGGAAUAACUCAAUUUGGGCUACAAAACGCACUUUGAACGAAAUGCUGUUAAUCGAAAAGAACAUUUAAAAGUAGGAUAUAAACAUCCACACAACUAUCCUUUAAAAACUGGGUGUUUUUGUUUUAUUCUUGUGUUAUGUUAAGAAAUGUACUCUCUCUGUAAAACAUGAUCAUCUUUCUCAAACAAUUGUUUUGAAAUUGAGCACAUGAUCUACGAUUGUGAGUUUAAUAAGAUAAACUUGAAA